GCGCUCGCCGUCUCAUUCCAGCACGGACAAGUCUGCCGGGAGGAACAGUUUCAUCUGGAACCCUGAUAGAAACUCGUAUUUAUAACGAAAACAUUAUUGUUUUAUUUAGUAGAACUUAACAUAAUUACGUAACUUUCUAGCUAACCGUUGACUAGUCUUAUUUAGUUUAAAAAGGUAACAAAAAAGUGAUAAGAAAAAGCUAAGUUAAACGCCUGAGCCGGCCGUGUUAACAAAGAAAAUCCUUUCUCUUCAGAAAUAAUCCCCACUACUCUCUUUAGUUAUGAGUCAUGUGGCCGUUGAUAAUACACACGGUCUAGAUCAGCAGCUUGCUGUCCUAGACUUAAACUCUGCUGAUGGUCAAGGAGGAGGAACUGGCAGACGCUACAUUCCACCUCAUUUGAGGAACAAAGAUGCCUCCAAAAACGCAGGAAAUGCUUAUUCCGCUGGUAGACAGUGCGGUUAUUCAGUGGCACCAGUAAACCUUUACUCGCCUGGCUGGGAUAGCACACGUGCCAAUGGUUUUGUGAAUGGUUACCAUGACAACCGCCCAAAUGGUGGCUUUGGAGGGCGUGGACCCCCUCGCAAUGAUAGAGGUGGGCGUGGCGCCUACCGUGGUAACAGGGGUGGAAGCACGUUUAAUCAGCCACUGCAGAAUGCAGCAUUUGGCACUUAUGAAAACAAAGACAACAGCUGGGGAGGGCCUCCCAGGGAUGCUGCCUACAACAGCUUUGGGGGGCGUACUGAUAGAACCAAGUCCUCCUUCUUCAAUGACCGUGGGGCAGGGUCUCGAGGAAGGUACGAACGUGGGGGUUUUGCCGGUGUAGGAAACAGCCGUUGGGUGGAGGAAUCCAGAGAAGAUGAUUGGUCCAAGCCCACCCCUCCCAAUGAGCGUUUAGAACAUGAGCUUUUCUCUGGGAGUAACACUGGGAUUAACUUUGAGAAAUAUGAUGAUAUUCCCGUGGAGGCAACAGGAACCAACUGCCCACCCCACAUUGAAGGUUUCCAUGACGUAGACAUGGGGGAGAUUAUUAUGGGCAACAUCACCCUGAGUCGCUAUACUCGUCCCACUCCAGUUCAGAAGCAUGCGAUCCCAAUCAUAAAGUCCAAGAGGGAUCUCAUGGCGUGUGCCCAAACUGGGUCUGGUAAAACCGCUGCUUUCUUGCUGCCGGUACUGAGUCAGAUCUACACUGAUGGCCCAGGAGAAGCUCUGCAGGCUUCAAAGAACAGUUGUCAGGAGAAUGGAAGGUACGGUCGCCGUAAACAGUAUCCAAUCUCCCUUGUACUGGCUCCCACUCGCGAGCUGGCUCUGCAGAUCUACGAUGAAGCCAGGAAGUUCGCCUAUCGCUCACACGUGCGUCCCUGUGUGGUUUAUGGCGGAGCUGAUAUUGGUCAGCAGAUUCGGGACUUAGAGAGGGGUUGUCACCUGCUGGUGGCUACACCUGGACGCCUGGUGGACAUGAUGGAGAGGGGCAAGAUUGGUCUGGAUUACUGCAAAUACUUGGUUUUAGAUGAGGCUGACCGCAUGUUAGACAUGGGCUUUGAGCCACAAAUCAGGCGCAUUGUUGAGCAAGAUACAAUGCCACAUAAGGGCAUCCGCCAGACCAUGAUGUUCAGUGCCACCUUCCCUAAAGAAAUCCAGAUCCUGGCUCGUGAUUUCCUGGAGGAGUACAUUUUUCUGGCUGUGGGUCGUGUUGGUUCCACUUCAGAAAACAUCACUCAGAAAGUGGUCUGGGUUGAGGAAAUGGAUAAGAGGUCCUUUCUUCUUGACCUACUCAAUGCUACAGUUAUUCCCAGUGAGGUUCAGGAAAAUGUGACAGACACUCCAGAGAAGCCUGGAAAGGACUCGCUGACUCUGGUUUUUGUGGAAACCAAAAAGGGAGCGGACGCACUGGAAGACUUCCUUUACCAUGAGGGUUACGCCUGCACCAGCAUCCACGGAGACCGGUCCCAGAGAGACAGAGAAGAAGCUCUGCAUCAGUUCCGUUCCGGGCGCUGCCCCAUCUUGGUGGCUACAGCUGUGGCUGCAAGAGGUCUGGACAUCUGCAACGUGAAGCACGUUAUCAACUUUGAUCUGCCCAGUGACAUCGAGGAGUACGUUCACCGUAUCGGCCGUACGGGACGUGUGGGCAACCUUGGUUUGGCCACGUCGUUCUUUAACGACAAAAACAGCAACAUAACCAAAGACUUGCUGGACAUCCUGGUGGAGGCCAAGCAGGAAGUUCCGUCGUGGCUGGAGAGCCUGGCCUAUGAGCACCAGCACAAGAACACCACCCGUGGACGCUCGAAGAAGUUCUCUGGUGGAUUUGGAGCGAGGGAUUACCGUCAGUCAUCCAGCAGCUCUGGGGGCUUCGGCGGCAACCGCUCAGGGCGGAACCCCGGGGGAAACCGUGGCUUUGGAGGUGGCUUUGGCGGCAACUUCUACAGCAACGACGGCUACGGGGGAAAUUACAGCCACUCUGGUAGUGUGGACUGGUGGGGCAACUAAUCAUAGGAAUAGGUUGCCAUGCCAACCCCUUGGAAACCACAUGUUAACUUAAAGCCAGACUGUAACAACCCUCCCUGUGUAGCUUCACUGACACACAGUACAUUACCAACCCUGAUUCUCUGCUGUUCAACUUCCACGCAAACGGAAGUGCAGCGCGAUGCGAGGGGAAGUUCACCAGCACGCGCGUCGCACCGGAGACCGCAGAGAUCGGUGCACCUCAGAGCGAGCAUGGAUGCUGGCGUGUUGUCCGAUUAGCAACCUCAGACGUUGAUUGUUAGAGUAUUUUUGUUCUUUUUGUGGGGGGAUAAAAACAAUAACCUGAGGAUCAUUUGUGUGUUAAUGUACUGUGCCUUUUGAAUUGAAACGACAAAAAAAUCUUUCAUUUCACCAAGUGAACUUGGCCAAGAGCUCGAAAUUUGUUUUUACUGUUUUGUCAUUUGGUGGGGGGGGGGGGGGUUAGAAAAGCUUGGACUUGAUCAAACCUUGGCACACACCGGUGGCUCGCUUGAGUCACGACACCAUUUGAACUUCAAAUUUACUGCAGGAAUAUCAUGUAGCCUUUUUUAUUUUUAUUUUUUUUUUAUUUUUUUUGAAACAGUUAUCGGAGCCGUUACGAUAAUGUGCAACUUCACCGCGGCCGCUCAGCAACCGUACUCCCAAGGGAUGCCGUUAGAUUUUUUUUUUUUCCUCUCUCUCUCUUUUCAAUUUGUUUAUUGCUCACUCUAUCCUGGACGGGCUCCUUUUGGAUACUUUUUUCCCAAAUAGCCAUUCCUGUUGUGAUCUGUUUAAAAAACAAACAAACAAAAAAGCUCGGUGCCAACAAUCGCUGAGGUUUAAUGAGGAAUAAUCAAUGCUGGAACUUGUUCCUUCACUUUUAUUUUUCUUUUCUCUCAAUUGACUUGACAGUGUUACGGCAGCUAGCCUGUUACAAGCGCUAGCUACAUGAAGUGGCUGAUAUAUAUAUAUAUUUUUUUUUUCUUGAGACUUUUGUGGUGCAGUUGUGUGCACAGUUCAGGGGGUGGGGGGGAUCUCAGAUUUUAGGAAACGUUUCUCUACAACUACGUACAUGCACACACAAGAAAAAAAAAAGCCUGCCAUCUUGAAAAUGAAGUUCAAUGUGGCUGCACAAGGACCACAGCAUUGGGAGGACGGCACGUGGCGUUUACUGUUUACCUAUCUGAUCGAUAACCACAAGGCCCAGAUGGUAUUCUACGCUUGCAAGUGUUUUGUUUUUUGGUCAAGGAGGAAGGACACACGAACUGAGUCGCAGGCUUAACUUAAUUACAAACGUUUUCUCUUUUCAAGCUGCGUUGGAGGCACGGGUCAUCGUGACGAGGCGGGCAUUUGUUCACUGAGGUUAGUUAGUUACACGGCAGAACUGAGCGGGGGGUGUUAAGACCAGCACUCCCACUGUUCAGGGUUGGGGGGGGGGGGGGGGGGGUGUAGUAGGCAUGAUGUGCGGCUUUUCAGCCUAGCCGCCGUUGCCAGUGGCUUUGGUUUCCACUGCAGUCUUCUAACUGUGGGCGUGGCCACAUUUACAGGCCAGCGUCUGCCGUCCUUACAGGACUUUGAAAGUACCGCCUGGUCCUCCAGGAGGUCAUCUGCUCAGAUGUUAAUCAAACGCUGUGGCUCGGUGAAGCCAGAGCAGGUUUUUCCUCUCAGAGAGGAGAAGCCCUCUAGAGGACAGAAGGGGCAUUUCACCUCCGGGUGCUCUGGGGUUUCUCAUUGGGUGUGUUGUGCCUUGAUAACUUUUGUUUUUUAUGAAACUGAACUAAAAGCGGAUGCACUGGCAGUGUUGAGAACUUGAGAUUGAAUGGUGCUACUUGAUUUAGGUUUGUAGGCCCUUGUAUGUCGUGCUCAUCAAGUUUUACAAAAAGUUCUUUUAUUGCACAUCUAAAGUUUUAUAUAGAUGUCUUGGAUAUGUGUCCUUAAGCUUCCAAAUAUUGUGUGUGAGGGAGAUUGUGACAAAACGCAGCUUGUUUACAAAGGGGACGGGUUCUCAACGUUUAACCAGGAUUUAUUUGGGACCAGGGGAUUUAGCAGUUGGGGGAAUUUAGCCAUUUGCACAGAUUUCUAGAUUCUACUUUUGCUGCUAGUUUUGUGUAAUUUAUUAAGCAUUUUUGACAAAUAUUUAUUUUUGUAAGCCUCAAAGUGAUUCUUUGAAAGUUUCAGAAACUUGACCAAAAGACAGUACAAAAAACACUGGCACUUGAAUGUUGAAUGUCACCUGUAUGCGUGAAAUUUAUAUAUUUCGGGGUAGUGUGAGCUUUUUUAAUGUUUAAGAUAACAUUGGACUUGGUAAUUGAUAUCCACAGCUGUUUUGGGGCUCCCCCCUCUCUGCAAGGGGGGGCCGCUAAUCUCUUAGAUUUCCAAUUGGUCAACAAAAUUUGACAUCAUUGACAAGAUAAGAUGCCAAGGUUUGGAAUAAAGCUGUCAAAAAGAGCAAACUUCCUAAAGCAUAUCGAC